CUGAUGACAGCUUUUGCCGCGACAUUCAAAAUGGAAGUAUAGCUCGGGAUAUAAAACAGCUCUCUGUAACAGCGGCAGUGUUUUUUCAGCUCUCAGUAGAAGCACAGGUGUGUUUCAGCUUUCUUUCGGUGUGCUCCAGGUGUGUUUACCCUGACAAUGCUGAAGAAGAAGGCCAGCAGCGCAGAGAAGAGGCGGAAACAGUCUCAGACCGAAGAGCGAGCCGACAACAACAAACGCAGAUGUGCGGAUGCUAACUCCGAGGGCUCUAAGGAUGAUAUGGCGGACGCAGAGCUGGACCGGAUCGGCAGCGACAUCGAGGAGGGGGGGCUGGACCUCAGCCUGGCCUUCCAGCCCAUCACCGCCUACGUCGCUGACAAGAAGGAGAUGUUGCAGCAAUGUCUGCACGUCCUCGGGGAGAAGAAGUUACGCAAGAUGCUGCCCGAGGAACUCAAGGACUAUAAUUUAGAGGAAAUCAAAAAGAUGUGCUGGGAUCAACUGGAGCCCAUCUCAGAGCAAAAUCUCAUUCAGAUUCUAGCAGGGGAAGACCUGACAUCUGGAAACACAGAGGAGACUUUAGAAAGCCAGCAAGACAAUAAUGUGGACUCUACAUCUAGCUUAAAAGAAACUGCAAAACCUGAGGACCCUAAACAAGAGGGAUCAGGUGAGGAGAGUGACGUCCUCAGUAUAAACGCAGACACUUACGACAGUGACAUAGAGGGGCAUAAAGAGGAGCAGGGUAAAGCUGUGGAGGGGGAGGUAAAGGCAGCUGCUGUCGACCCAGCUUCUGUAAACCCAGCUGCCGUAACCCCAGCUACUAUAAACCCUGCCCCCCCCACUGCCCCACCUGCAGAAGCAAAGAAAGACCUGCAGAGCGACAUAGACCGGAGUGUCAGUGAGAUCUUGGCCCUCUCUGCAGGCACAGAGGAGGCUAAAGAGCAGAGUGUGGCCCCUCCUCAGUGCACUGAUGUUAGCUCACCUGUUGUUCCCCCCGUGUCAGGCCGGGCCCCUGCAGGAGGCCCCCCUUCCCUGCAGCAGCUGGAGCUCCUGGAGCUGGAGAUGAGGGCCAGAGCCAUCAAGGCCCUGAUGAAAGCUAGUGAUGGGAAAAAGCUUUGUGUGGCAAAAAAUGUGUAGUAUGCUUUAUUUGUUGUUGGUUUGCUGAUUUGUGUUAUUACUCCAUAUUGGAAUGAUUCUGCAGACUGUUUAACGCAGAAUAGAACACAUCUGAUAUGAUUAACAUUAUGGGGUCUGCCCAUGUACUGUUGUGUUUGGCCACUAGAUGGCAGUGUGCACCUGCAGUACAGUUGAGGUGAUGUGUCUGAAGAGCAAGAGGGGUAUCUAGUAUCUACUCACAUUACAGCCGAAAUGCACACGUUUUUUUUUUUAAAACAUAAUGUUAUUUUUGGUUUACAAUUUGUCC